AUGAAUCAAGAUGAAACUGGUGCCGAGUUCCAAAAGAUUGCUGCUAAUGCAUCUUUGGGUGGUACUACCACGAGAAAAAAUAUAGAAAAAACGACUCCAGUGAGAGCUGCAACUGCUAACGGUAAUUCUACUAAACAACUGAUGAGAGAUAUUUCAUUCAAGCCAAGAUUUCGAUACAAUUAUGGAUUUGAUGAGAGAUUUUAUGAACAUGCAUUGAAAUAUAAGGAUUCAUGGCAAGAUAAGCUAUUUUAUGUGGAUGAGGAUGAGUUGAUAGAUGAAUUUAAAGCAGGCGAGUCGUGGAUUAAAAAGUUGCCUAUAAUUGAUGCAAGCGAGUUGAAAAUUAGUGAUAUGAAGUUGGAAAAGCUUAGUGAAAUAGAGAUUAAAUCACAAUUCGGGCUUAAUGAAGAUUCAUUACGAUUGCAUAUCGCAAGGGACAAAACGAAAAAAGAUGCAAAGUUGCAAUUCGGUGAAAGUCUUGAAUUGAACAAUACGUUAAAAAGAAAUGGAUUAGUAUUGAAUGCAGGGGGUCAGGUCGUUUCAAUGAGUUGGAUGCCGCAGAAAUUCAACGAUAAUGGUGCAAGAUACCAGUAUUUGGCUGUGUCUGUAAUUAAUAAUGCCAAUGGCUUGAGCGAUACUAUAAAUAAUCCCCAAUUGAGUGUUUUUCAUAAUGCACCUGGUAAAGGCUCCAAUAACGUUAAAACAGGAAUACAAAUAUGGCAAUAUGAUCUAAUAGAGAACAAAUUUAAAUUGUAUAAAUUUCUUAUAACGACCUCGAUAGGUGCCUGCUCACGUUUGACAUGGAAUCCGAUAUAUAUAGGAGGAAGUACAGAUACACUCGGCAUAUUAUGUGGUACAUUUACUGACGGUAAAUUGCACUUACUAAAGAUCAAAAGGAAUCAUAAAGAUGUCCCCGAAUUAUCGAAGUUAGUACAAUCCUCUCUCCAUUAUGAAUUAAAGGACCCAAGAGGAAAUAAAGAUGAGGAUACUGUAGGUAUUAUUUGUUACGACUUUUUAGGUCACGAUAGGGUAAUUGUUGGCCUGUCUGUUGGAUCAAUUGCUGAAUUUAUUUUACCAUACUACACUUCAGAGAUAGAUGCAACGGGAGAAGAUGAUAUACACCAACCUUCAUUUGUUCAAACAAUUUCAGAAACGCCGUUAACAUCCAUUUCGGUUGCUAAUCCGGAUAAACUGAGCUACUUCAUCCUUAUAAAUACAUCAGGUAGUCAGAGUUUUGCCCUAGAGUAUGCUAACUUUCAACAAGGAAGAGUAGAAUCUUUUCCAACUAACACUUUAUUAAAACCUAUCUACAAUCAUAAUUUAAAGGUUUUUCUCUUGUCGGAUGCAUGGGAUAGUAUAGGCUAUAAUUUUGUUAGACACCCACAAGAAAAACCAAGCUCUGUAUUAAAACUUGAUGGGGUUGUUUCUUCCUUCCACUCAUCAGAAGUCGUUGGUCAUCCUCUUAAUAUAAAUGGGUCAACAUUUGGCGAAAUUCAUAUUGUGAAUAUAUCAAGAAAGAUUCUAAAUGGUGCUAAGGCAACAAAUAAGCUAUUGAUACCGUUAAGGUUGUGGAAAUUACAAUUAAAUUCAGAUAAAGAAACUUUGGAAUUAUCGGGUGACUACGAAAUUGUCCAAACUGAUAAGUCAACUAAAGUCAGUGUAACUCCACCUGAAGUAAUUAUAUCCUCCUUAGCAUGGAAUGAAAAUUUGGAAGGUAGCUCAAUUUAUGCGGCUGCUACGGUAUCUGGGUUAUUAAUUUUGGAAAGAUUGGAUCCUAAAUAUAAUAGUAAUAAUAAUUAA